AUGACCUCAAACUCAACAGGCCUGAGCGCCUACAUCAAGCAAUCACCGCCUCUUGACUUCUCAAUUCCGUACGAUGACGCCUGGGUAAAAGACAGAACGAUCGUCGUCACCGGAGGCGCGAGCGGGUUCGGCGCAGGCUUCGUACGAAGAUGGGCUGCCAACGGCGCUACAGUCAUCAUUGGAGACGUCAAUGUUGAGAAAGGCGAUGCACUUGCAAGGGCCAUCCGAAAAGAGACGGGACGGGAUAGAGCUGCUCAUUUCGUCCAUUGCGACGUAACAAACUGGCAAUCCCAGGUCAAUCUCUUCAAGGAAGCCGUCAAAUGGAGCCCACAUGGCGGCAUCGACACCGUUGUUGCGAAUGCCGGUAUACAAGCAAAUGAUAGACUGCAACAGCCUGGAGACCUGGGCGCAGCAGAGCCCCAACCACCCAACUUCGCUACCAUGGACGUGAACGUGACAGGAGUCUUGUACACGACACAUCUGGCCUACUAUUGGCUGCCGAAGAACCCCGGAUCCAAGCCUUGCAACAUGAACUCAGUACCAGACAAACAAACACGAGAUAGGAACCUUGUACUUUUGGGCAGUAUAGCAAGCCUGGCCCCAAUUGCGGCAGCACCUCUCUACGGGGCGAGUAAACAUGCCGUCCUGGGACUAUUCCGCUCGCUCAGAUCGACAUCACACAUGGAAGGUAUUCGGGUCAACAUAGUCCUCCCUUACUUCAUCGACACGGCUAUCGUGCCUCCCAUGGCCAAGCUUUUGCUUGCGGGAGGCGGCAUGGGCAAGGUGGAAGACGUCGUCGAGGCAGCUACAAGGCUAGUAGCUGACACGCGCAUCCUCGGCCGCGGCAUUGUCGUGGGGCCAAAGGUUACAAUCAAGCAAGAUGAGAGUGGAGAAUUCAAGCUGGUCAACAAGGACACCGAGGGAAGCACUGAAACGGCGCUAUGGGAGGCUUAUGCGGAUGACUGGGAGGAGGUGGAUGCCUUUGAUCGAAGGGUGGUCAAGCUAUUGAAUGCUGUCGAGCAGGCGCGUGGGUGGGUAGGCUGGGCUACAGACAUCGCGAAAUUGGUAGGCUAUCAAGUCUUUGGGUAUGGGGGUGAAAGAUCGUGA